CUAAUCUGUCUGCAAAUGAACGAGCCAUGUUAAGACAAAACUUUCUCGACUGACAGAGAAUUAUUUUAGUCUUUUCUGGGGACAAAAAAAAGGGACAAAUAUUAUGAGGAUAAUUUUGGACAAAUCCACUGUGAAGCUCUCCAUGUGAUGCUGCACUUUUGCGCAACAGGUUCUGCGAGAUAUAUCAAACAGUAUCAACUCCGAUCAAUGUAGGAAGAAGAAGCAUGCUGUCCCCGUUUUGGCCCUUUGGCAUCGAGCAGGAGAUCAACUCAUGGGAUGUAGUGGAUGCAGAGUCAGGUUCAACUUUGGCAAGGUGCUGUCCAAAGUCUCGGUGUUUUUUACCAUGGUCCUGAUCUUCACCUACUUCUUCUACUGCCUCACUGGACUUUGCGAAUCGGCUCCGAGAGCUUUAUACAGCCAACAAGCUUUAGACUAUGACAUUUUGGACGAUCAUCGCCGCAUUCUGGACGACCUGCGACCGUCGCCGCGUCUCCUGCCCGACGCGUCGUCUUACUGGAACCGCACAGCCACCGCGGACGCAGAACAGGUGGACGCGCCUGGGCAGCAGCACCAGCAGCAGCCUGUAUCGGACAACGGCAUCCCGGUGUCCAACACUUUCGGGACCAAAAGGUUUCCGCAGGCGAUUAUAAUCGGCGUGAAGAAAGGAGGAACCCGAGCCCUGUUGGAGUUUCUCCGCAUCCAUCCGGACGUGAGGGCGGUCGGCGCGGAGCCUCACUUCUUCGACAGGUUUUAUGAUAAAGGACUGGAGUGGUACAGAAACCUGAUGCCUCGGACGCUGGACGGUCAAAUCACCAUGGAGAAGACACCCAGUUACUUUGUCACAAAGGAGGCUCCUAGCCGUGUCUGCACUAUGAAUUGCCAAACCAAACUCAUUGUGGUGGUCCGGGAUCCUGUGACGCGGGCUGUAUCUGACUACACCCAGACACUGUCCAAGAAUCCAGGUCUUCCAUCUUUCCAGAGCCUGGCUUUGAAAAACUCCUCCACAGGUCUUAUUGACACCACUUGGAGUGCUGUGCGCAUCGGCCUCUACGCCAAACAUCUGGAGAACUGGCUUCAGUACUUCCCCUUGUCUCAUUUUCUGUUUGUUAGCGGUGAGCGGCUCGUGUCUGAUCCAGCUGGGGAGAUGGGACGAGUUCAGGACUUUCUGGGUUUGAAAAGGGUCGUUUCAGAAAAACACUUCUACUUCAACCAGACCAAAGGUUUUCCCUGCCUGAAGAAGCCAGAGGGGAGCAGUAGACCUCGCUGUCUUGGAAAGUCAAAGGGCAGACCUCAUCCCCAGAUCUCCCCCAAGGUCCUGCAGAGGCUCAGGGACUUCUACAGACCCUUCAACCACCGUUUCUACCAGAUGAGUGGACAAGACUUUGGCUGGGAUUAACAGAGGAGAUUCCUGUUAUAGCCUAGAGUAAAGCCAGUCUCUUACUUUCUGGAGAGAUUGACUGUUUAUUGCUCCACAGGGCUAAUGUUCUCAGGGACGGGGUAGAGGAACAACGAAGUCCACAAACUGAUUUCUGCCUCAGUGGAAUCAACACGACAUGCAGCACAUGAACUGUCACUGUUUUGUUGUAGAGUAGAAGCCGACAUGAACACAAUGCUGCCAAUAUGUAAGUUACACAUGUAGGUAAUGGCUUAGUUCUUAAACCAUUAAACCAUUUUCUUGCUCGUAUGUUAAGGUCAUUGUCCUACAGCAGUUCAAACUGUGUACCAAAGUGGAAAAAAAACAUUGCCUAUGAAUAUAAUUUUUUUUACUUCUUUAUGUUUUGUUUAUAAAAUAAGCUGAUAUUUAUAGUUUCUGUUGAUUUGAAAUACAACAGUUACAGAUUUCUUUAAUGAAAGAAAUGUAUUUAUUACAUAAAAGUGACAGGACAUUGGAAUAAAUGUCAUACUCCAUGAUAAACCACUAUUGAACUAUUGAAUUAUUAGCAGUGUUACGUUUACUGCAUUUAUAUUUUCAUUACAUUUACUGUUUCCAAAUGGUCUUUGAAAUGCUACAUAUCUUUAGUUUGAUGUUGCAGGAUAUUUCUCAGUAGCUAUAUUGCAGUUGUUGGACCAAUAAUACCUCAUCUGUAAAUAUCAAAUGUGUAACAAUAGAAACAGAAACAUACACACAUUCCAUUUGUAGGUAUUUGUAGAUAUUUUUUGCCUUCAAAGCUAUAUUUUAAUUUCCUUGGACAGUACUGACUGUAUCCACUGUCACUCAAAAUAAAUGACUGUUUUGAUCUGUGAUGAUUUUGAUCAAUUUUAAACUCCAUGUGUAAAGUACACAGAGCACAGUGGUGUGCAUAAAACCUUAAUUCUGACUUUGAUUCUUUGUGUUGUGAAGUAAAGUUUUAUCUGACAUGGCAGCCGGAGUACAAUGUUUUAUCCUUUUUUCAUUUCAUGUCUUACUAUAAAUAAGUUAUCAAGCAAACUGAGGAUGUUUUAUAUAAAGACUGCUUGAAAAAUGAUAUAUUUGGCCCUCAAAAGUGAACUGUAAUCCAAUAAAUGUAUCUGAAAUCUA